UAGUUCUAUAUAAACCACAUAAAUCAUCAUAUAUAACAUACGCACCUUUAAGCUAAUAAUAAUAUUCAUUACCGAACCAGAGACUUUCUCAUUUAUCAAUGGCCAAUGUUAGAGGAACAGGAGUCUUAGGAGAUGAAAGUAGUACUUCUAGGCUGAGAAAUGCGGUUUUCGAUGAGAUUGUACCUUCUUCUGAUUGGACAGAAGACUUGGAUGGCCAUUAUCUUCUUGUUGAUCUUCCUGAUUUUAAGAAAGAGCAGGUAAAGAUACAAGUUGUAAACAAUGGACAGAUAAAGAUUUAUGGUGAAAGGAAAGUGAAUGAGAAUAAGUACAUUCGUUUCAACCAAACCUUCAAGGCACCACAAGAGUCAGAUUUGGAUGGCAUCACAGCAAAAUUUGAUGGUGAGAUUCUCUACUUAACUGUCCCAAAGAAAAAAGUACUUGUUCCAUCCCACGAAAAUAAUGAUCAAAAUCUGCACCAAAAGUCUGCUGAUGAGAAAUUGAAAAAGAAAGAUCAUCAUGAUGGUAUAAAUCAUCACAAUAAGGACCAAAAGGAAGAGAAAGAGCACCAAAAAACCAAAACCGAGGGAGAGAAAGAGGCCUCUAAGUCUCCUUUGUAUUUUCCAGACGAGAGUAUCAGGAGAUGGGAGCGCGAAACGAAUUAUCUUAAAAGUGCCAUGGGAAUGCUGAACAAAAACAAAGCACUUGUUGUAACAGCCAUUUUAGCAUUCUCAUUAGGGAUGUUCAUAACUCGAAAAUUCGAAUCUGAUAAUGGAGAGUGAUUUCUAGCUUUGUAAUUUGUGUGUGUGUGUGUUGUUGAUUAAUUAUUUGUAAAUUCUGCAUACUGGCAUGGAAAUUUGCCCAAACUAAUACAACAUAAAGUACUAUUUUAAUGCUGA